AUGUUCCGACCUCGAUGUGGUCUUCGACAGAAGUUUGUAUACGUUAUCCUCAAGUCGAUCCUUUACAGCUCCUGGCUGCUUGGAAUAUUUCCAUUUAAGUAUGAACCCAAAAAGAGGAGAUUGCGUCGUUCUAUGUGGCUAAUCCUUUUUGGAAUCGCCAUGAGUUCCAGUCUCCUUAUUCUGAUGGUAAAACAGAGUGUAGAGGAUCAGGAGCAUGGAAUUAGGUUGGAUGUCUUUCAAAGGAACUCCCUGCUCCAUCAAAUUAGUUCGCUUAUGGGAGUAGUCGGAGUGGUGACCAUUUGUACGGUGCACAUGCGAACCCUUUGGAGGAGCAAACACCUGGAGGAGAUUUACAAUGGAUUGCUUCUGCUGGAAGCCAAGUACUUUUGCUCUGAUGCAGUGGAGUGUCCCGCCUUCGAUGGCUAUGUGUUCCAGAAAGGAGUGCUGAUUGUCGUGGGACUAUUAGCUCCCUGGAUGAUGCACUUUGGAAUGCCAGAUUCUAAAUUGCCCGUGCUGAACGUCUUGGUCGUCUUGAUGGUCAAGUUGGGAACCCUUCUCCUGGCCAUCCAUUAUCAUCUUGGUGUGGUUAUUAUUUACCGAUUUGUGUGGCUCAUAAACGGGGAACUCCUAAGCCUGGUUUGUUCCUUGAGGGAACACCAUAAGGGCAGCUCCUCUAGAGUUCGCUUUCUCCUGAAACUCAACACCAUUCUGGUGAAUCUAUAUAGCAGACUGGCCGAUUGCUACGACUGCCAGACGGUCCUGAUGAUGGCUGUCUUUCUGGCUGCCAAUAUCAUUGUUUGCUUCUAUAUGAUCGUCUACAGGAUCAGCCUGAGCAAGAUGUCCUUUUUCGUAAUGCUAAUUAUGUUUCCCCUCGCACUAGCUAACAAUUUCAUGGACUUUUGGCUGAGCAUAAAGGUUUGCGAUUUGUUGCAGAAAACUGGAACACAAACAUCGAUGAUCUUGAAGCUGUUCAGUGAUAUUGAGAAUAUGGACAAGGAUCUUGAGAGAAGUAUAUCAGACUUUGCCUUGUACUGCAGCCAUCGGAGGUUUAAGUUUCUCCACUGCGGACUAUUGCACGUGAAUAGUGAGAUGGGCUUUGAAAUGUUCGUCGCCAGCGUUCUCUACUUGCUGUACCUGGUCCAGUUCGACUAUAUGAACUUGUGA